CGAUUAUUUUCCAUACAGAAGCAGUAGCUCAAGAGUCGACCAAGCGGCGUAAACACGGAAGAGAGCGUGAAACUCGAAACAGAGGAGGAACUUCAGAGUUAUCCCCAGCCCCAUCUGUUCAAAACUGACAGAAGGACAAAUGCAAGAAUGCCAAAUUUCAAACCAUCACAGCAAUUUAUGCUACAGGAGAAAAGAUUGCUGAUUGGUUGGCAAAUCGACUUUGAUUGGCCAAGGGUGUUGCCAUGAAGAAAAGAACGGGGGACUAUAACUUCCCCAAGCUGCCAGGCAAUUCAAAAAAGACACUCUUUUAUGUUGGAGGUUGAACUCAAGUGGAGGUUGGCACCUCUGGGAAUAUAAAAGCAGCAAUCACUGUAACAUAACUGACAGAGGAAAUAUUUGUACUGUUGGAAAAUAAAGAUAUCAUGUUUGAAAUUAAGAAGAUCUGCUGUAUUGGUGCUGGAUAUGUUGGUGGGCCAACAUGCAGUAUCAUUGCCCACAUGUGCCCUGAGAUUCGCGUUUCAGUUGUAGACGUUAACCAUGCAAGAAUAGAGGCCUGGAACUCAGACAUGCUUCCAAUCUAUGAGCCUGGUUUGAAGGAAGUGGUGGAGUCAUGCAGAGGGAAGAAUCUUUUUUUCUUGACUGACAUCGAUGCUGCCAUUCGAGAAGCUGACCUUAUAUUUAUUUCGGUGAACACACCCACUAAAAUGUAUGGAAUGGGUAAAGGUCGAGCCGCAGACCUGAGAUAUAUUGAAUCCUGUGCUCGGAGAAUAGUGGCAGUCUCAAGUGGACACAAAAUAGUUACAGAGAAGAGUACUGUGCCUGUGCGAGCUGCUGAGAGCAUUCGUAGAAUAUUCCAUUCAAACUUAAAGCCAAACUUGUCUCUACAGGUGCUAUCAAAUCCAGAAUUCCUGGCUGAAGGGACGGCUAUUAAUGAUCUGAAGAACCCGGAUCGAGUGCUGAUUGGUGGAGAUGAAACACCAGAGGGUCAGGAGGCGAUUCGGGCACUCUGUGCUGUGUAUGAGCGUUGGAUACCAACAGACAAAAUCAUCACCACUAACACAUGGUCCUCAGAGCUUUCCAAACUGGCUGCCAACGCAUUUCUUGCUCAGCGAAUCAGCAGUAUUAACUCAAUCAGUGCUCUGUGUGAAGCAACUGGUGCUGAUGUUGAGGAGGUAGCUCGUGCUAUAGGCAUGGAUCAGAGAAUUGGAAGCAAAUUUCUCAAAGCCAGCAUUGGAUUUGGGGGGAGCUGUUUUCAGAAAGAUGUUCUGAACCUGGUUUAUUUAUGUGAAGCAUUAAACUUACCUGAAGUGGCUCAAUACUGGCAGCAGGUGAUUGACAUGAAUGAUUAUCAGCGGAGGAGGUUUGCUUCCCGCAUUAUUGACUGCCUCUUCAAUACUGUGACAAGCAAAAAGAUAGCUCUUUUAGGGUUUGCUUUCAAAAAGGACACUGGAGAUACCCGAGAGUCUUCCAGUAUCUACAUCAGCAAAUACCUACUGGAUGAAGGUGCAAAUCUUCACAUCUAUGAUCCCAAAGUUUCCAAAGAACAGAUCAUCAAGGACCUGUCACAUCCAAAUAUCUCUCAGGAUACCUCUGAUGAAGUGCCUUGCUUGGUCACUAUCUGCACUGAUGCAUACGAAGCCUGUGAUGGGGCUCAUGCCAUUGUCAUCUGUACUGAGUGGGAUGAGUUCAAGAUGCUGAAUUACGAAGUCAUUCAUAAGAAAAUGCUAAAACCAGCUUUCAUCUUCGAUGGUAGGCGGGUUCUCGAUGAUCUGCAUUCAAAACUCCAGAAACUAGGAUUCCAGGUUGAAACUAUCGGCAAGAAGGUAACAGAACAGAGGAUUCCUUUCACACCCACAGCUGAAGUUUCUAAAUUCAGUUUACAAGAACCUCCAUUUAAGAAAGUUGCAGUGUAGAUAUUUGGAUAACUACUAGUCUUUUAUCUUUUUUAAUGUGAAAUUACACCCAACAAAUAAAUGUUAAAGUUUAAAUUUAAA